UCCGAGAGCAGCCACCAGGCGAGGAGGAGCCACCCGCAGCUGAGAUUUAUUUUAUGGCUUCCUUUUCCUUCGAUUGCCCAAUUGCCUUGGGAGCCCCGUGCAAACAUCCGGGGCUCAGAGUCCGGGCAAACUUCUUACGCAGCCUCCGCUAAUACUUUGGAGUGAGGGAGAGCGCGCGCUGUUUGUAUGGCUCCGAGCAGAAACCCCGGCAGAGGCGCGGGCAGUGCUUGGCCUGGGCUGGGGCCGCAGCGCUCCUUCUGCUCUUUCUCCAAUAGACAGACCUGGAAGUCCUUCCAGUCCUCCUUUUUGUUAUUUCGCAAAGUCCCCAGUGCUUGUGGCCGGCUCCUCCCAGCUGCGGGCUUGUUUCCAGUUCUGCUUUGGGCAUUGCGUAGAACGCAGCUGGAAAGAGCUUCCGACAAGCCGUUCUUCUGGGAUGUCCAACAGAAAUCCACAAAUGUGGUCUACCAAGCUCACCACGUGAGUAGGAAUAAGAGAGGCCAGGUCGUUGGGACGAGGGGAGGAUUCCGAGGCUGUACAGUGUGGUUAACUGGUCUCUCUGGUGCUGGAAAAACCACCAUCAGCUUCGCUCUGGAAGAGUACCUGGUGUCCCACGCCAUCCCCUGCUACUCCCUGGAUGGGGACAAUGUGCGCCACGGCCUCAACAAAAACCUGGGCUUCUCCGCCGGGGACCGAGAAGAAAACAUUCGCCGGAUCGCGGAGGUGGCCAAGCUCUUUGCUGACGCCGGCCUGGUUUGCAUCACCAGCUUCAUCUCUCCAUUUGCAAAGGACCGAGAAAACGCCCGGAAGAUCCACGAGAUGGCGGGCCUCCCCUUCUUCGAAAUCUUCGUCGAUGCCCCUCUGAACAUCUGCGAGAGCAGAGACGUGAAGGGCCUCUACAAGAAAGCCAGGGCCGGAGAAAUCAAAGGGUUUACAGGAAUCGACUCUGAAUAUGAAAAGCCAGAAACCCCCGAAUUGAUUCUGAAAACCAACCUGUCUUCGGUGAGUGACUGCGUGCAGCAGGUGGUGGAGUUGCUGCAGGAGCAGAGCAUCGUGCCCCACACAGUGAUAAAAGGCAUCCACGAGCUUUUUGUUCCCGAAAACAAAGUCAACGCGGUCCGCGCCAAAGCUGAGAAGCUGCCUUCCUUGCCCAUCACCAAGCUGGAUCUGCAAUGGGUCCAAGUGCUGAGCGAAGGGUGGGCCACACCCCUCAAGGGCUUCAUGAGGGAGAAGGAGUUUCUGCAAGUGAUGCACUUCGACACUUUGCUGGAUGGCAUGGCCCUUCCUGAUGGUGUCAUCAACUUGAGCAUCCCCAUCGCCCUCCCGCUCUCUGAGGAAGACAAGCAGCGGCUCCAGGGCUCCAGCGAGUUUGCCCUGGAGUACGAGGGACGGAAGGUGGCCAUCUUGAGAGACCCGGAAUUCUACGAGCACAGGAAGGAGGAGCGCUGUGCCCGUGUCUGGGGGGCUACCUGUGCCCAGCAUCCCCACAUCAAGAUGGUGAUGGAGAGCGGGUCAUGGCUGGUGGGUGGCGACCUCCAGGUCCUGGAGAGGAUCCGCUGGAAUGAUGGCCUGGACCAGUACCGCCUCACACCGCAGGAGCUCAAGCAGCGCUUUAAAGAGAUGAAUGCCGAUGCCGUGUUCGCGUUCCAGCUGCGCAAUCCAGUCCACAACGGCCACGCGUUACUGAUGCAGGACACGCGGCGCCGCCUGCUGGAGAGGGGCUACAAGCACCCGGUCCUCCUGCUGCAUCCGCUGGGCGGCUGGACCAAGGACGACGACGUGCCCCUGCCGUGGCGCAUGAAGCAGCACGCGGCCGUGCUCGAGGAGGGGGUGCUGGACCCCAAGUCCACCGUCGUGGCCAUCUUCCCGUCGCCGAUGCUCUAUGCCGGCCCCACGGAGGUCCAGUGGCACUGCCGCGCCCGAAUGAUCGCCGGGGCCAAUUUCUACAUCGUGGGCCGAGACCCCGCCGGGAUGCCCCACCCCGAGACCAAGAAAGACCUGUAUGAGCCCACGCACGGGGGGAAGGUCCUGAGCAUGGCCCCCGGCCUCACGUCUGUGGAGAUCAUCCCUUUCCGCGUGGCUGCCUACAACAAGGCCCAGAAAGCCAUGACCUUCUACGACCCGGCAAGACACGACGAGUUUGACUUCAUCUCGGGAACCCGGAUGAGGAAGCUGGCCAGGGAGGGAGAGAAUCCGCCCGACGGCUUCAUGGCCCCCAAAGCCUGGAACGUGCUCACGGACUAUUACCGGUCCCUGGAGAAGAGCAACUAGAGCCCGCGCGGCCGCUCCGGCCCCCACGUGCUCUUCUCUUCCCUGCCCGCUUCUGUGAUUAGCAUCUUAGGAAUCCCGCCGCUCCCUGGGGUCAGGGGACCCUUUGCUGACUAGUGCCUAAAUCGCAUCCCUCCGCUGUGAUUGCCUUGGGGUCCAGAGCCGGAGAAGGCUAAGCCCCUCCCCGGAACCCGCCCAGACGAGUAGUGCGCACGCGCGCCGGCCGAGCUCCCGGACCGAGGACUGGCGGAACGAUUAUUCCCCGAGAGAAGCAGCUCACAGCCCAGCUCCCGGGGGGGUGGGGGAGAGAGACAGAGAGGGAGACAAGAGAGGCCCCUCGUUGGCUCCGAAGCCCCCAAACUGCCAGGAUCUGCGUCGCGUUGUGCUUUUGUCUGGCUCCUUAGCUACUCCCCGGGUCGGUCUGCCACACGGGCACGAGCUGGAGCGCUCCGAGGCGGUCCGUCUCCGCCCCGUGCUUUCCACAGUGGGAGGGCACAUAAUUCGCACGGCUUUCUGGGAAGUCUGGGCUUGUGCGGCUGCAGCUGCAACGGGCUGAGGAGGGGCCGGGGACUGCCCGCUCUGGGGUUUCCCAGCUGUGUGGCCGUGGGCUAAGCGUUUACCUUCCGGGUCUCAUCUUUUCUCUGCAAAACGAGAGCCGGACUCGCCUCCACGGUCCCGGCAGGCCCCGGGACGCGGCGAUUCGGUCCGGAGCAAGACUAUCCCGCCCGGUGGGUGGCGAGGGGCGUGUCCAGGCCCGCCCGCCGACCCAGGGGAAACACCGGCCGGAGGCGCACCUCCCAGGGUCCAGCCCUACAGUUUCUCCCACCCUGCGCAGGCGAGGCCGCGGCCGGCCUUCUCCCGCCGCAGUCGCCCACCAGCCAGGCAGCAGCCCCGGAGGAGCAGGGCAUCCCUGGGCUCUGGGAGCCUCCCUGCCAGCUCCUCGCCCAGAGAACCGGGUCUAUCCGUGGCGGCGGCAGCCCGUUUGGCCAGACUCGAUCUUUGGCCCCCUUUUGUCUGAUGCAGGUUCCCCCCGCGAUGGGCCUCCUUGGCCGGAGCUCCGGCUCCCAGCAGCCUCCUGCCCGCUUGCCUGUUCUGUAGCCUAUUUAUUAAAAGGGAGAUGGGGGGGGGGGGCGCGAGAGCCUCGGCCUCCCCGGCUGUCACGAUCUCCGCCGCCCCGCAGCAGCCCUCGGUGCAAAUGAUUGCUUGUUCCUAGUUUAAUAAAGAUCUUGCAAUGGA